GUUACGAAUAUUAUGUAUAUUGCUAGAACUGCCGCCAGAACUGCCCCCAAAUAAAGUGUAUAUAAGCAUAUAAUAGCCAAACCAAAUCAGCCAUCCCAGGGGUCUCACUGUGAACGUGAACUGGGUGCCACACUACAGACCAUUGUGAGCCAGCAUCUAUAACUAACGGUAGCGGUAACAGUACCGAUAUCAGGAAUCAAGUGAAAACUACGCCCAUGCGCACAGCUGAUUCAGAACCUUUCCUAACGGCAAACGGAUUGACUCUCCUCCACUCCAAUCAAAAUCGAAACGGAAAUCGUAAUCACCACAAAAAACUGUAAGAGAGAACUCCCUCAUCCCCCGCUAAUAGCGGGAGAAGUCAGGAAGCAACGAAACAAUACCAAAGCAGAAAUAAGGAGAGCGGAAGAGUAAGAAGAGUGCACCCCAAAGAACACAAACACUACGCAAAGGGAAAAUGUUACAGCUUCCCCGCCCAUCGCGGUCGACGCUGCACUGUGGUCUGGCCGCCCUGAUUACAGUCCUGCUAAUGACCUGGGUUCGACCCCUUGGAGUGCUGUUCCUUGGCCUUCUCAGCUACUGGCUGUACUGGACGCGCUGCAGCUUCCGCAUCGUACUUACGCCCGAGGUGCGCAGCAAGCUCGAGAGUUGGGGACGGAGGGCAGACGACUGGCGCAGGAACAGCCCGAGCAUGUUCUGCGCGGUGAGCACUGGCUGCCUUGCCACCUUGGCCGUGCUGGGCCACAUCAUAUCUGGGUCCACGGUGGUGCUGACGCUUCUAGUGCUGUCCGCACUGGUCUCCACCAAGUAUAACUUUAAGCUGCUGAAGAUAGAGCACAAGGUGCAAGAUUUCCAGUGGUCAGAAAAGCUCAACUACAAUAACCUGGAGGCGGAGGUAGAGGACGAGUUCCUGCCCGAUGUGAAUGAGUCGAAUCUGUUUGUUCUGGAACGGGCCAGCGAUGUGGCCACCAUCAGCUCACCCACCGAUGUCGAGGAGGAGGACGAGCGCAGUGACGACAUACCUUCGGAGCUGCUCAUACCAGAUGUGAUACCCGAGAUUGAUGAGCACUCCACGGACGAGGACGACGAGCUGGCCCCGCUCGCCCAGCAGAGGCGGGAGGGGGCUUCUGUCUCCUCUCUGGCAGCCAACCCCAAACGGGGCCAGUCGGAUGCCAGCUCCUCCUCAGACAUGGACUUCCGCAAGGGCCACUUCAAGCGCGACUCUUCGCUAUCCACCACCUCGUCCUCGUCGGAGGAGAGUCUCUCCAAGGGCCUGCAGUUCCCUGAUCACACCACCGUCGAUGCCGGCGGCGGACCCCAGCUGCGGCAACUCACCUCCGGGCCCGCACACCAGAUCUCUGACCCGGCCAGCGAGCUGGUGGCUUUGGCCGUUAAAAGCCAGGCCCAGGCGCUACUGGCCAGCAGUGGCAAGCUGCUGCCUAGCCUUGUCUCCGGCCUGGUGCAGUGGGGAGCGGGUGGCAACAAUGCUGUGGAGGCAGUGGAUGCUGGGUCUCAGCAGCAGCAGCCGCAGCAGCGGCGCAUAGUCACCGCCUUGGACUCGUCCGACGAGAGUGAUUUUGAGAUACUCGAAACGGAUGACUUUAAGUAAUUAUCGGUUCCGGUCCUAGCUCCAGCUCCAGCUCCAGCUCCAGCACCGAUUUGCCGUAUUAUAAAGCUAUUACAGUAACUAAAUGCAUAUACUAUAACCUACACGAACAUAUACACACACACAAACAACCAGGAGACAGACAACUCAAGACGGAACGGACAGAAAUGCACACAGACACAGCCUCAGAAACAGACACACUCUGAUGGAAAAGAUAUAUCCCUGGUGGAGA